UCCCAUUUUAAAGUUGUUAGGCUACUCAUUAUUUUGAAUCCACUCGCACCGAUGAAGAAAAGAGGUCCACAAGAACUACUUGUACCGGCAUCCUUUGUCCUUGAUACCGCUAUCUUCCAUCUCCUCAACAAAUUUGUCCAAGACCAUGAUGAACAUCAGCGGAUCUCCAUCUCGAAGAAGUGUUGUGUCGACAGAAGCCUCGGCUACGCUAAGCCCAGGGCCAUUGUUCGGGACACCUGAGAGCUUGGGCGGGGUGGCUGGCGAUAGCAGUAUUGGGCUGAGCGAAGAGAUUGGAGCAAACCAUUCCAUCACCACCGGAAGUGAUAGUCUUCCUAGGUCUGAUAAGAGAAGAACUAAUAAUGGCGCUCGAAUGCAGGUAUAUGAGGAUGACUCUGUCAUGCUGUGGGCGGAGGACCCCGAAAGUCACUAUUUUGAGUACAUUCUUCAGCAGGAGCAAGAACAAAGAGCUAAGAUGGGAAAGUCCGCCGAAGACAGUCUGAUUGGAGAGAGCACCAUCGACGAAAUCCAGCAACAUCAGAGUGGUGGCCAAGAGAGUAGCGAAGCCGGCACUCUGACUCUGGGUGCCAGCAGCUUUCCUAUCCUUUCUACUUACAACAUCAAGGGCGGUGGUAACUCUUUGUUUGGUGGGUUUUCCUUGGCUAGCACCGAAAAGUCCAAGAAACCGACCAAACGAGAGAACAAGACCGAGGAACCGCCAGUCGCUGUCCUUGUGGAUAACUUUUAUCCCAGCUUCAUCUACGUUGGAGACACUGCAUCCAAACCUGGUAACUGCAGUAAGGACUGCUCGCAAGAUGUUAGACGAUUGCAAAGGGGCCGAUGCUUCUACAUUAUAGUCUUUUUUCUCGGUAGUAUUUGCCUUUCAGGAUCGGCAGUUGCGGUUUACUUGACACUGACGACAAGGGGAAGAAAAGACACAUCAUCAUCCAGUGUAUCGGCGUCGUUCCAAGGCACUGCAGGUACAACAAUUCCUCCUGUCAGUCAGUUGAAUGAUGCCACGUGGCGGCCCUCGACCAUCACCAUCCCUACCCUGGCUCCGUCUGCACUGCUUCAUCGAAAGACACAUCAGCCCACUCGUAUUGGAGACGCUGGAGACUUGUUCAGCCCAACACAGAGGCCUUACCACGCAGCAACAUCCGACGCCACGACAGCACCGACAAAUGAUCAAACAGCGACAACCGACCUUUCCCUUUCGCCUUCAUGGGAUGCUUCCAAUAUUCCAAGCAAUCUACCGACAAGAUUUCCAACAACGCAACAUCCGAGUACAAGACCACCAACCACAAUUCAGCCCAGCCUCCGUCCAUCCACAUUUCAGCCCAGCCUCCGUCCGUCCACGACAACCACACUAAGCUGCGGAUGCAACCAUUGUUCUUCGGUCUGGGAUAUGAUUUCGGAUGAAUAUACCUGCGGCGAUCGUAUUGAAUUCUUGGUCUUUGAAAGGGGAUAUUCUGAAACGGGCGCAUGUGCUUUGGUUGCUGGCGUUGAAUUCCCCUUGAUUUGUGGUCCUUGCGAUCCCAACACUUGCAAUGUGGGAAAUUAUGUGUAUAAUGUGGGAAAUGUUGUAUCAGCAAACGAAGCACCUCCGGAUGUCGCCUUGUCCUGGAAAGGAGGUAAUGGGUUCCCUGCUGAUGUGUUCCCUUUGGGCAGAUGCGAAGGAGACUGUGACAGUGAUGAUGAUUGUGCUGGAGGUCUCCUCUGCUUUGGCAGACAUCCCUUUGAAUCGGUGCCUGGCUGUCGUGGCGGAGAUGCUGAUUAUAGCCGAACAGACUACUGCGUUCCAGAGAAUCAUGCGCUGCAACACACUGAGGUGGGCACCAGCCGCAACUCUGGUGAUGAUUUCUUCACUGCUCCAUAGCCGUUGCUCGAUCCUCCUUUGAACAAGUUGUUCAACACACACACACAAAAACACAAGGCUUCAGGACAUACCUACUGCCUCUGCUAAUCAGUAGCUAAGGGGUUCCGAGCUCCCCGCUAAGUCAAGUAUGCAUCUUCGACCUCGAACUUAUUUGAGCCGUGCCAUUGCAUUGACGUACACCAAAGAUGACAACUGCGCACUUUCGAACUGCAUUCCAAAUCUAGAUGCCAGUUAUGGGAAUAGGCUGUGGCCCCGGCCUCGAAUUUGGGAUAACACCUAAAUGUAUUGUAAAUAAUCAAAUAGUCGGUCCAAAAGGACCUUCAAAUG